CUCUCUCUCUCUCUCUCUCUCUGUUCACUUCCUCUCUUCUUCCAAGCUUCACUACCAAGCAAGCAAACUUCUGCAUUUCCUCUUCACAAUGAAGCUCUACUUGUCUCUCUUAGCUUUCUUUACUCUCUUCUCCUUGUGUAUUACUCCAUCUUGCUCUCUUACACCAGAUGGAGAAGCACUCUUGGAGUUGAAGAGUGGGUUUAAUGAUAGUAAAGGGUUUUUAAGAAGCUGGAAGCACAAGGACCAUAACCCUUGUGGUUGGCUUGGUGUCACUUGCCACUUCCCUGACCUCCGCGUCCGCUCCAUUAACUUGCCUUACAUGCAACUUAGUGGUUUUAUCUCUCCUAGCAUUGGCAAACUCCAAAGACUGCAUAGACUGGCUUUGCAUAGAAACAGCCUGCAUGGACCGAUUCCUCCUGAAAUCAAGAACUGCAGUGAACUCAGAGCUAUUUAUCUUAGAGCUAACUACUUGCAUGGUAGCAUUCCUGCUGAGCUUGGAGAGUUAGUUCAUCUCACAAUCCUAGAUUUGUCUAGCAAUUUGCUUAGGGGAACAAUACCGCCAUCCAUUGGACGGCUUGUCAAUCUGCGGUUCCUUAAUUUGUCAACCAACUUCUUUUCUGGUGAGAUACCAAAUGUUGGAGUGCUUAACACUUUCAGGAACACCUCAUUUGUCGGGAAUUUGGAGCUUUGUGGUCUUCCAAUUCAGAAACUAUGUAGAGGUUCAUUGGGUUUCCCAGCGGUGCUACCGCACUCCGAUAAUGUUGCUUCUCAAGGAUUUGAAUCAGCGGGAGUUCCGCCAAUGCAAACUAGACGAACACCUCAUUUUCUCAACGGUGUUCUAAUUGGCGCAAUGUCAACAUUGGGUCUUGCACUUGUUGCGAUCCUUGGUUUCCUUUGGAUAUGUUUACUAUCAAGAAAGGGCAACCUCAGUGAAAAAUAUGUGAAAGUUGAUAAACAGCAUGUCCCUAAUAUAGGGACUAAGCUUGUGACAUUUCAUGGAGAUAUUCCAUAUUCAUCGGAGGAGAUCAUUAAAAAGUUGGAGCAAUUAGAUGAAGAAGAUGUUGUCGGGUCAGGUGGUUUUGGCACCGUAUAUAAAAUGGUAAUGGAUGACUCUAGCAUAUUUGCUGUCAAGAGAAUUGACAGAAACCGCGAAGGUUCUGAUCAAAUAUUUGAGACGGAGCUCGAAAUUUUGGGUAGCAUCAAACACAUAAACCUUGUCAACCUCCGGGGAUAUUGUAGGCUACCCACUGCUAAGCUUCUCAUAUAUGAUUACUUAGCUUUGGGAAGCUUAGAUCACUAUCUACAUGACCACGGGGAAGACGAGCAGCAGUUGAACUGGAAUGCUCGGAUGAAGAUCGCACUAGGUUCUGCUAGAGGACUUGCGUACUUGCACCAUGACUGCUCUCCUGUCAUCAUUCAUCGGGACAUUAAGUCGAGCAAUAUACUACUUGAUAGAAGUUUAGAUCCUCAUGUUUCUGAUUUUGGCCUUGCGAAGCUACUUGUCGAUGAUGAUGCUAAUGUUACAACUGUAGUUGCUGGUACUUUUGGCUACCUAGCUCCAGAAUAUCUGAAUGAUGGUCAUGCAACUGAGAAAUCAGAUGUUUAUAGCUUUGGUGUGCUUCUCUUGGAAUUAGUCACAGGAAAGAGGCCAACAGAUCCUUGUUUUGUUAGAAGGGGUUUGAAUGUUGUCGGCUGGUUGAAUACGCUGAACGAAGGGGAUCGGUUGGAGGAGAUAAUAGAUGAGAAAUGUGGUAAUGUAGAUGCCGAAGCAGUUGAAGCGGUUCUUGAUAUAGCUGCAAUGUGUACCGAUGCAAACCCCGAUGAACGCCCGACGAUGAACAGGGUCUUGCAGAUGCUGGAGGAUGAGUUCAUGUCACCUCGAUCGCGUGAUUUCUAUGAAAGUCAUCACCUGGACAUAAUCUAGGUUAUGGAGAAAGUUUUGUAGAUAAAUGUGUGCUG